AAACGAGAUGCACUUCCAUUUGUGAGUGAUCAUAUGUCAUUUUUUUCCACUUUUGUUUACUUCGCUUUAUCGUAUUUUGCUUUAAACACAUUUUAACUGUUGUACCAAGAUAAGGCUUGCAUCGUCUUACUGAGUGAUAUUCAUUUGAGUGUAUGUGGUUGCGGCGGCUUAUUAUUUGUCGUCAUUCUUAAGAUAUAAAAUGAUAAAUUGCUGUCAAUUUAGUUGGAAUACAUCAGUCGAAAUGGCUUGCAACAAAGAAAACUGGAGCGACAACGCUGAAAUUAAAAUUUUUCAAGAAUAUUUGAAAAUUCGCACCGAUCAUCCUGAUGUCGAUUAUGCUCCAUGUGUUGAAUUUCUUCUACAGCAAGCUGAUUCUUUAGGUUUGGUGUCCAAAGUUUAUUAUCCCGAUUCACCAUCACGACCCAUUCCAGUUCUAACAUGGCCAGGAACAUCACCCGAACUACCGUCCAUCAUGUUGAAUUCGCAUAUGGAUGUGGUAGCUGUUACUGAAAAAUAUUGGUCGCAUCCUCCUUUCGCAGCCGAGAUCGAUGGAGAAGGACGCAUUUUUGCGCGUGGCUCACAAGACAUGAAAUCGGUUGGAAUGCAAUAUUUGGGAGCAAUUCGUGCACUGAAACAUGAUGGUAUUCGCUUAAAACGAACUAUUCAUGUUGUGUUCACGCCUGACGAAGAGAUUGGGGGCUUCAAUGGAAUAGCCAAAUUCGUUCCGACGAGUGAUUUUGCAGCGUUAAACAUUGGGUUUUGCAUUGAUGAGGGCAUGGCUAGUCCCACUGAUGAAUUUCCAAUUUUCUACGGUGAACGUUUCGUUUGGUCUAUACUAUUUAGGUGCCGUGGAUCAACUGGUCACGCAUCUUUAUUCCAUAAAAACACGGCCAUUGAAAAGAUCCAAUUUUUGAUGAAUAAAUUCUUAAAUUUUCGCAAAAGUGAAGAGCAACGGUUGGAAAACAAUCCGAAUUUAACAGUUGGUGAUGUGACUUCCGUAAAUAUAACUACGAUCAAUGGGGGCAUUCAGCAAAAUGUGGUACCGCCAGAAAUAAUGAUGUCGGUCGAUGUGAGAAUGUCGGUGAAUAUCGACUAUGAACAAUUCGAUCGUGAUAUCAACGAUUGGUGUAAACAAGCUGGAGAUGGAAUUGAAAUUCAAUUUAUUCAAAAAUUGCAACGCAUAGAACCUACUAAGCUUGACGAUAACAAUAAAUAUUGGUUGGCUUUCAAGAAAGUUCUCGUCAAUGAUUUGCAACUCAAAAUUAAACCGCAAAUUUUACCAGCCGCAACUGAUAGCAGACACUUGCGUGAGAUUAAUGUACCAGUGAUUGGAUUCUCACCUAUGAAUAAUACUCCAGUGUUAUUGCAUGAACAUGAUGAAUUUAUCAAAGCAAGCACCUAUCUGGAAGGGAUUACGAUUUACAAAAAAUUAUUACUCGAAUUAGCCAAUCUGUAAGGGAAAAGUACAAUGUACGUCUUUGGCACCAAAUUUAUGGAAUGAAAAAAAAAAUUCAAUUUGAUUCAAAAAUGAGACAUGAAAAAUAUAUCUUAGCAUAGUGAUCGAAUGUUAUCAGUUUAUUCAAUAAAAAAAAUUGUUCAACAAUUGUUUGCAAUACAUUAAAAUGCUCUGAAAAACUGAUGUGAUGGAAAA